GGGAAACGCGAAGGACUCGUAUUGUGGACUACAGGAUAUACAGGCAGAUAUAAACAAAAAUCGGCGCACAGAACGACCGCAAACUGGCCGUCCAGGACACUUCGCGCAGGACGAGGGACGCGGGCGCCUAUUGUGACACCACUCGAGACUGCAGAGUCUCGCGCCGCUGUCGCCCUCGGCCUCUGGGUGGUUUCCGCUCUCGGUACGUCCUCCCUGCUCACUCUGAGUCGAUUCCGCCGUCUGCUAGCCCGGAAAGUUAGCUGGGGUCUGCGGGAACAGAUACAUCGCCGUACUCACUCUCCUUCGCGCACCGGUGCACCUCGUACCGUGAUUUUCCUGCCCCAGUCGAUGGAGAGGGCCUGCUGUGCGCGCGGAGGUCGAAUGCCGCUUACGGCGUGCCGGGAAGCCAUCCGACACGCCUAGGACAUCGCUGAUGCGGUGUACCGUGCUCUAACCCUCGCGCCCGGAGCCGCUCGACACGCUCGGGACGUCUCCGACACUGCGUACCGCAGUCUGGCCCUCGCGCGGCGCCUGCAGGCCCGAGAAAGCCAGUUCGACGCCACAGCUUGUGCGCGACGUGGCAUCCGGGACAUGUGGUGUACGUCCGGUUCAUAGAGCGCACUCCGGAGAUGGCAGCAGCCACCCCGCAGUCGCGAAUGGACUACGUCUUGCACAGCAGGCUGGAUCGAGUCCGUGGGGGAUUGACGAGGGCGUCGACCACAAUCAAGCCGUUGAGCGGCGCAGCCAGACUGCGUGAGGCUCGACUGCGCUCUCAGAAGCACAUCGUUGCGAAGGAGUUCCGCGCGAACGGGAGCACAGGAAGACGCGAACGCGAACGGCGCAGAGUCUCCCCCGGUAGUGUAAAUUCCCAUCGCCCGGCUCGCCGUGGUCGGGACUAGCAUGCGUGAGUGGUGGUAUGGGCUCAAGAGAGCUCUGCGCGCCCGCGAGACAUCUUCGCGAUCGAGCGGCCGCGGGCGCCUAUUUCGACGCAGCCCGAAAUUGACAAGGACGUCAGAGUUUCGCUUUGACGCGUCGCGUCUCUGCUUCGCUCCACGUCCUCACUCUGCGCUCGCGCCGCUUCCCUCGUGCGCCGACCGCCUCUCCCGACGUCAACCUGCAUGCACAAUUUUCGCUCGUUCGCACUGGCCAUUGCGUCGCACGCACCAGCCGGGCGCUCCGCAACGUAUGUCUGGGAUACGGAACGGGGGCUCGCAGCCGCUCCCUGCCGUUCGAGAUCGAACCCUGCGAGAGGGUGUAUGGUGUUGGGGGAGUCGGGUUGCCAACUAGGUAAGUCCCGGGAUAAACGAGCCGCGAGCCGAUUCCGCCUUUCUGGACGUCGCCGGGCGCCUAUCUCGACGUAGCUCGAAACUUCAAAGUCCCGCGCCGCCGUCGUUCCGACUUGCUCGCUCGUCCGGCCCCGGUUCUGAUGCCCUCCCGGGCAAUGACAGUAGCCCACGAGUAACAGAGUAUACUAUGGCGGGCCGCGCCGCCGGCCUCCUAAACGGACAAUUCUUCAUCAUGUCUGGCUUGAACUCGCAGCAUAGCCGCAAAGCUCAAGAGCUUGAAGGCAUGUGCCGGGGUCCGGACGCGGAACGCAUGCUCGUGUUCACGGUGGGUGCUUCGAAUUCCGGUCGUACGAAAGACUUGGUCCAAGUGCUCGCCGGGCUCGUGCACGUUAUUUGCUGGUUGCCAGUAAUAGCCGGUAUGUGAGUAGUCGAGCACAAGGAGUACAUAGCGGAGAAAGGACGACCGUCAACGCGUCCAGGACGAGUGGAUGCGGUGCCGGAGUGAGCCUCGGUGAGCCGCGGAGGCACUUGGCAAAUAAGGCGCUUAUCGGAAUCGCGCGCGAUCGAGGAGUCGCGCGCGGCACCUUCACCCUGCCCCACGACGAGCCUCGAGCCUGGCUUCUUCAUCCACGCUGGCCAUCGCAAUCCGCACUCGCGGCGACAGACCUGCAUAUUUGCAACAUAGCUGAAGUGAGCUAGCAUCGCGUGCAAGACAAUCACAUCACGUACCCAGGUGCCCUUCUCGAGCUCAUUGGUGAGACGCCGACCCGCACUCCCUCCUCGCGUCCUCGCGUCCUUGCUCCAGACCGGCUAACACGUGCCCGCGACAAAUGUAGGUGACUCCCGUGCUACCGUGGAAGUAGUCGCGCUCUUCCGAAAUGCCUCGCGUCGACGCCGGCACGGCGAGUACGAGCGGGACCGAUAGGGUGAGUCGCAAGCUUUGAGUUGUGUAAGAGAGACGUCCAGGCGUGUUUACAACACGUGUUCUCCGCCUGUGAGUCACUCAGUCGGCGCGCGCACAUGGCGCAGACUGCGCGCCCAUGAGUGGUCAAGGGUGCGCGUGCGCAGUGGCUGGGAAUU